CGCGUUCUAGAUAAUUCUUGCUGUGUCGCGAGACCCUUUGCAAUCCAUCUCUCAUUUGCUCUGUUCUGUCUGACCCGCAUACACCAUGUCUGCAGCUGUAGAUAACCAAAAUCUUGCUCCUCAUGAUAUCCCCGGAACGCAGCAGAAGCUCAACACUGCCAAGGAGAAGAAGGAUCAGGGUGAUCAAGCGUUCAAGUCGGGAGACGUGAAAGCUGCCCUUAGGUCUUACCAUGAAACGCUGAUGUACCUUCAUGGCAUUGACAAAAAUGCGCUCAAAGCUUUGAGUGGCGGUGCAGCACCAGCACCGGUCGAUGCGGCAGCAAGUGCCAAACAAGAACAAGAAAAGACAGAAGCGGAUAUCAUGAUGGAGAAGAUCUAUGCGAACAUGUCAGCCUGCCACAUCAAGCAGGAGAACUGGCCACGAGCUAUCGACACUGCCGACAAGGCGCUCGCCAAGAACGAAGCCAACUACAAGGCGAUGUUCCGGAAAGCAAAGGCAUUGGGCGAGCAGGGUUUCUUCGAAAAAGCAUACAAACUGCUUGAUGAUAUUAAGACCAAAAGUUCUGCAGAUGCACCUAUGGCUGAUGCGGAGCUCAAUCGCCUGCGUGCCAUCGACAAGGAGAAGCAGAAGGUCAGCGAUAAGAAGCUGCGUGGAUUCUUGUCUCGGGACAAGAAGGAAACCUCGCCGGCAUCAUGAUCAAUCUUCAAGCUUCAGCAUAACCCAAGGAUCUGCCCAGCGAUGGCUCUUGAUCCCUAUCUGGCCAUACUUUUGGCACCACAUGCGGUGAUCGUAGACCUGCAAUUGCACUACUACUUGUACAUUACGUUGACGUUCUUAUAUCUUGCGAUGGGGUCGUAUACUACCAUGUCCUACAUAUAUGCUCUCUUGCACCGUGAAUUUCACGAGGAAACUGCCACCUAUCGUUCC